AUGGCGUCGCCGGAGUCGUACCGAGAACGUGAAUCAGAGAAUAGUAAUAAUAUUCAAGAGGAUACGAGCAAAAAGUCCGGCCCGAUAUCUUUUGGUUUUAGUAAAACACUUGCCAAGACUAAAUCCGUUAAGGCAGCGGAGAAAGAUUAUUUAGUUGAGGUCGAAGGGAAAGAAUUAAAAGGGACCAAACCGGUGGAGAAACCGAAAGAGCUGAUCAUCCCGCUUAUACAUAAGAACCGCUGGUACCGGGAGGAUGCUGAGCGAGGGGACAAGAGCAGCAAGGAGGAGAGCACAGAUCCGUCACAGGAGGACACGGUCGAGUCCCAGGCUGUCAAAGAACUCAUCGAAGAGUCUCAAAAGCAGCAGGAGAUAUGGAAGAACGGCCCGCAGACUGAUCCAAACAUUGCCAUUCCUCUUCUCAUGCAGAACCAGGCCCCGCAGGGCUUUGAAGAUGGAGACAAAGUCAACGUUGAGUUGCGCCCAGAGUCGUCCACAGAGGCGGACUAUGACCGUGUUCCCGUGGAGGCUUAUGGGAUGGCGAUGUUGAAAGGAAUGGGCUGGAAGGAAGGAGUGGGAAUUGGACGCACGUUUAAACAAGAUGUGAAGCCCAUAGAGCACCAGUUAAGGCCUAAAGGAAUGGGUUUAGGUGCCGAUCGCUCUGCCAUUAAGGAUCUGGAGCCCGGGCGUCCCAAACGCCCCCCUAAACCUGGUGAUGAGAAGGGGAAUGAGGAGGAAGCUCUGGUUCUGGGGCCUGGAGGAUAUGUGCUGGUCCUGGCAGGAGCACAUAAAGAUCUGUAUGGGAAGAUAGAUGGAGUGGAUCCUGAUAACGCCAGAGUUGUUGUCAAACUUGCCAUUGGAGGAAAGACUGUGACCAUCAUUCAGCACUCGAUAAAACUGGUCACACGCAAGGAGUAUGAAAAAUACAGCAGAGACAUUAGUCGCCUUAGCAAAGCCCACAAAGACAAGGAGAAAGAGAGAGAACGGGAACAGCAGAGAGAGCGAGAGCAGGGGAUAAAUGGCAAAGAUGAAAGAGGAAAAACAGACAGAGGGACAGACAGAGAUCGAGAUCAGAGGAAAAGAAAACACAAAGAAUCAGAAACAGACAGAGAGAAACCCCCCCCUCCAAAGGAGUCCCGGCCCUCUCCUCCAGCCCCCACAUGGCUCCAAAGAGACCUCCGUGUGCGUUUCAUAGACAAAGCAUUUAAAGGAGGCAAAUACUACAACUCAAAGAUGACAAUUGAGGAUGUUCUAACACCCUACACCUGUGUGUGUCGUACAGAAGAAGGAAGGCUGCUAGACGAUAUUAGACAGAAGAUGCUGGAGACCAUGGUGCCCAAGAAUGACUCGGACUCCAUUAUGGUGGUAGUUGGGGAGCACAAAGGACAGGUGGGCCGCAUCCUGAAGAAAGAGCGAGAGAAGUGUAGAGCCAUGGUUCAGCUGGAGCGUUACGAGGAGCGGGUGUUUACUUAUGACUAUGACGCCAUCUGUCAUUAUGUGGGCGGAACAGAACACUGAGCAGCCAAUGGGAUGACACAACACACCUCUCAUCUCCAGCCCUGUCCGAGUGGUGAUUUGCUGUUUUUGUAGUGACCAACAUAUCAUAUACCUUCACUGUUUUAAUACAACCAAGACCUAAUUUAUUUUGUUAGUUGUGGUGCUGUUUUUAAUGCAAGUUUAGACCUAAAAGGGGAAUUCCUUUGUGGUAUAGAGAUGAAAUAAAAUUUCAAUAAUUGAAAACCAUGUUCUAGAAACGAUCUCUCCUAAGUAAAGACAAUCUUAUAUUGCCAAACUUCGUUUUGCAUAGUCUUUAAUAUGAUCAAUGCAGGUCAUGCCAUUUUUCUGUGUAGUGGUAUAAUGAACACGGGUUAUUCUUGUUACUUCAGCAUUUGCUACUGACCUGAGAAAUAUAUUGGUCUUUUUUGACCUGUUGUUUUUAUGAAAAAGAAUAUCAUACUGUCCAGACUUUCACUUGUGAUUGUAUUUGGGUUUUUAUAGAGAAAAU